AUGUGGCCCCUGGCUGCUGCCAUUGCCUCCCUGACCGUGGCCCUGUCAAGAGGCAUCUCUCGGGACUAUCCCAAGAUUCUGAAUGGCACCAAUGGGACCAGUGGAUUUCUACCCGGUGGCUACACCUGCCUGCCCCACUCUCAGCCCUGGCAAGCGGCCCUGCUGGUGAGAGGGCGGCUCCUCUGUGGGGGAGUCCUAGUCCACCCGAAAUGGGUCCUCACCGCUGCACACUGUAUGAAAGACGGGUACACAGUUCACCUAGGCAAGCAUGUCCUGGGGCACGUGGAGUCCCGCGAGCAAGUGAGGCAGGUGGUCCACUCUAUCCCCCACCCCGAAUACCAGGUCAGCCCCACCCACCUGAACCAUGACAACGACAUCAUGCUUCUGGAGCUGGAGUCCCCGGUCCAGCUGACGGGCUCCGUCCGCACCCUGCCCCUUUCCCGAAGCAACUGCCUGCCCCCUGGUACCUGCUGUCGGGUGUCGGGCUGGGGCACCACCACCAGCCCGCAGGUGAGUUACCCCAAGACCCUGCAGUGCGCGAACAUCCCGCUCCGCUCAGAUGAAGAGUGCCGUCGGGUCUACCCUGGGAAGAUCACUACCAACAUGCUCUGCGCCGGCACCAAAGAGGGGGGCAAAGACUCCUGCGAGGGUGACUCCGGGGGACCCCUGGUCUGCAACAACACACUCUACGGCAUCAUCUCCUGGGGGGACUUCCCGUGCGGACAGCCCAACCGGCCCGGCGUCUACACGCGAGUCUCACAGUAUGUCUUGUGGAUCCACGAGACGAUCAAAAAUCAUAAAACCCCGGAGCGGAAAUGGACGAAGGGUACACAAUAA